ACCUCUCAAUAAACUAAAUAACCUAAUCCCACCGCCACCCCCAACAUUCACCAGCAGCGCACACGGGAGCGCGUGGUCAUUCCAUCCUCCGCCAUCUCAACUUCAGCAGCCCCACGCUCUCUCUUCAUAAUCAUCCACCAGCCAUUGAAGAAAAAAUAAACAAAAUAACUCACUGAAAUUUGUCCAAACUGAAGAAUGUUUGGAUGAAAUUUGUUCAGAUUGAAGAAUGUUUGAAGAAGUGAGUGAAGAAGAUGAAUUCCAAUCAGGUCGAAGAAGUCUCACCGAACCGUGACAGAAACAAGCGAUCCGUGUUUGUUCAAGCAAAAAAUAAACCGAGUAGGCAUGGCGAGACGUUUUCACCGUCUCGUUCCCCCAAACUUCAUCUCUAAGCCCUUCUGCAGUUCCACAGAAGCAAUAGAUCCAACAGCACCAAUCCAGCUUCUAGAAGACCUCCGAAAGAUUAGGGUUCUUAUCCAGCAGAACCGAACCGAAACGGCAAAAAGGCACCUACAAACUCUCAUUCCAUUGCAUUCAGUUUCGCAGCUCUACAUUCUCUUCUCUCAGUCUUCUCCCCCACCGGACACGAAGCCGGUGUUUACGGACACUCUUUUGGCAGUUUAUGCUGAGUCCAAGCUCCCUAAUGAGGCUAUCGAGUUGUACGGUUUGGUGAGAAAUGACGGUAGUUUCCCUUCCGUCUCGGCUUUUAAUUUCUUUCUUGAGUCGUUGGUGAAUUUGGGUCGGUUCAGUAAGACCCUCGAGAUCUUUUCCGAUGCGGUGGAUUCUGAUGGCUGGGUGGAUAAGUUUAGUUACGGAAAAGCCGUACAAUCCGCGGUGAAGUUGGGAGAUUUGGAGAAAGGAUUGGACUUGAUGAAUCGGAUGAAGAAAUGUGGGAUCAUGCCGAACGGGUUUGUGUACAAUGUUUUGAUUGGUGGGUUGUGUAAGGAGAAGAGAGUGGAUGAUGCGAAGAAGCUGUUUGACGAAAUGCUUCGGAGGAAUGUUUUCCCAAAUAGAGUGACGUACAAUACUCUGAUCGAUGGGUACUGUAAAAUGGGGGAUUUAGAGGGGGCUUUUGAUUUAAGAGAAAAGAUGAAAAAUAACAGCGUGGAGCCGAAUAUUGUGACGUAUAACACAUUACUCGGCGGGCUUUGUAAAAUGGGGAGAAUGGAAGAGGCUAACAGAAUAUUAGAAGAAAUGGCUUUCUAUGGGUUUGUGCCGGAUGGAUUUACGUACAGUAUUCUUUUGGAUGGGCAUUCGAGAUGCGGGAAUGUUGAGGCUUCGGUAGCAUUGUAUGAAGACGCGAUGAAGAAAGGUGUGAGCUUGAAUGAAUACACGUGCAGUAUUCUGAUGAAUGGCUUGUGCAAGGAAGGGAAAAUGGACAGAGCAAAGGAGUGCUUGACGAAGUUAAAGGAACACAAGGUUGUUUUGACGGAGGUGUUACUGAAUACCAUGGUGAAUGGUUAUUGCAAAGUGGGAAAUGUCGAUAAAGCCCUUCUGGUUAUCGAAGAAAUGGAAAAUGAAGGGAUGAAGCCUAGCUGCAUCACGUAUAAUACGAUUAUAAGCCAUUUUUGUGCACUGGGUCAGAUGGAUGAUGCAAACGAGUCGGUACGAAAGAUGAAGACGAAGGGUCUUUGUCCAAAUGUACAGACGUAUAAUAUUUUAAUCAAUGGGUACGGCCGCAGUUCCCAGUUUGAGAAGUGUCUGCAGAUUCUCAAUGAAAUGGAAAAUAACGGGUCGAAGCCUAAUGUUGUCACUUACGGAGCUAUUGUUAAUACUUUCUGCAAGAAGGGCCGAAUUGUUGAAGCUAAAGUGAUCUUCGAAGAUAUGCUGAACAGAAGCGUUUUGCCGAAUGCCCAGAUAUAUAACAUGCUCAUAGACGGGAAUUGCACGAGGGGGAAUAUUAAAGUUGCUUUUGCAGUAUUUGAUGAAAUGUUAAGGAGUCAUAUAUCUCCGACCAUUGUGACAUACAAUUCACUUGUGAAUGGGCUCAGCAAAAAGGGUCGGGUUGCGGAAGCUGAAGAAUUAGCCUUUAGUAUCACGAGUAAAGGUCUGAGUGCUGAUGUCAUCACGUACAAUUGCUUGAUCUCUGGGUUCUCGAGAUUAGGUAAUGUGGAGAAGUGUGUAGAAUUGUACGAGAAGAUGAAAGCCUCAGGCAUCAAGCCUACCUUAAACACGUAUCAUCCUCUUAUAAGCGCAUGCAAAAAUGACAAAAUCGACCUUGUGGAGAAAAUUCUUGAAGAUAUGUCUCGAUUGAACCUGACUCCGGAUCGUGUUGUAUACAACGAGCUUAUUCAGUGCUUUGUAUGGCAUGGAGACAUUCGGAAAGCAAAUGUAUUGUGUGGUGAGAUGUCGAAUCUGGGAAUUCUUCCCGACAAGAAGACGUACAAUAGCUUGAUUACGGGAUGCUUAAAAGAGGGAAAUUUUCACGGAGCAAAGGAUCUUUUUGACGACAUGAUUGCCAAAGAGGUGGGCCCCAACGACGGAACCUUUAACACGUUAAUUGAAGGGCAUUGCAAGGUGAAGGACUUCGAUGGGGCUUCCGCGUGGUACAGAGAAAUGCUGAAAAUCGGCUUUCUACCGAGCGUCUCUGUUUGUAAUGAACUCGUUUCUGGACUUAGGGACGAAGGACGAGUAAAAGAGGCCAAAAUCAUCUGUUCUGAAAUGAGUAUGAAAGGAAUUUGCGAAACCUUGCACGAGGAUCUUUUAGCUUCUCCUGUAAAAUAAUGUGGAGAUUUUUCUGCCGAGAGAAUGGCUAAAAUGGCAGUAUGUGGCAAUAUGUCGAGACACAUGUGUUAUUCGGAAUGUUCCGGAAUAGAGAAGCCGAAAGAGGAAUUCUUGCGUCAAACUUUGUGACAACAAGGAGCUCAAGCCUGCACAAAAGAGAAUCUCUCUGGUUCAUUAAGGGAAAGUUGAGUCGAAGGCUAAGGAAGAGAAAACGUCGGAAGCUGUGAAAGAUAAUUAAGUCGAAGAAAUGAUGUGCACUACAAAAAUUGCUUAGCGUGCAAGUUUACCAUUGGUAAUUGAUCGGAAUAGCUGCUGGCUUAGAUGCAAUCGAGAGAAGAAGGGGUUAAAGUAAUAUCGAGUCAAAAGUUCAACCGGAAAUUGCUUAGGGUGCAAGUUUAUCAUUGGUAAUUGAUCGGAGUAGCUGCUGGACUUUUGCAAACUUGUGUUAAUCUGGUGAGAGUGAUGUAGAGAGACGUGAUUCAUAGUUACGUCGUCGGCCAAGGUUUUGUGUUAUAUGUCCGAUUGAAGGCCGAAGCCAUGUAAGAAGAAACCAGCUACAGAUAAAUCAGGUUCCUAAUAACAUGUAAGAAGAACAUCCGUUAUUUGACAUAUUUAUUUAUUUUACUUUCAGUGUGUAUAAA